AUGGGAACUUACCUUAGUAAUUUAAAUAUCUCAGAUAAAGAUAUUGAUACAAUAAAUACCAAAAAUUGUUGUAAACCAUUUACUGAAGAAUUAUGGUGUAAAGAAUGUAUUAAUUCUUUAAAAAGAUCAGCAGAAAAUGGUGAUAAAAAUGCUAUGAAUAGUUUAGCCAUAUGUUAUAAAAAUGGAAAAGGAACAGAAAAGAAUUUAAAAAAAUCCUUUCAUUGGUAUCAAAAAGCAGCAGAAAAUGAUGAUAAAAAUGCAAUGAAUAGUUUAGCCAUAUGUUAUGAAAAUGGAGAAGGAACAGAAAAGAAUUUAGAAAAAGCCUUUUAUUGGUAUCAAAAAGCAGCAGAAAAUGG